AUGCUGUCUCCUGCCCCAGAGGAACCACUUCUGCUGGCUGAACUCAAACCUGGGCGCCCCCACCAAUUUGAUUGGAAGUCCAGCUGUGAGACCUGGAGUGUCGCCUUCUCCCCAGAUGGCUCCUGGUUUGCUUGGUCUCAAGGACACUGCAUUGUCAAGCUGAUUCCCUGGCCGCUGGAAGAACAGUUUACCCCGAAAGGGUUGGAAGCCAAAAGCCGAAGCAGCAAAAAUGACCCCAAAGGGCGAGGCAGCCCGAAAGAGAAGACCCUGGACUGUGGUCAGAUUGUCUGGGGCCUGGCCUUCAGCCCCGGGCCCUCUCCCCCGAGUAGGAGGCUCUGGGCACGCCACCAUCCGCAGGUGCCAGAUGUGUCAUGCCUGAUCCUUGCCACAGGACUCAACGAUGGGCAGAUCAAGAUUUGGGAGGUGCAGACAGGGUUCCUGCUUCUGAACCUUUCUGGCCACCAAGAUGUCGUGAGAGAUCUGAGCUUCACACCUAGUGGCAGUCUGAUUCUGGUGUCUGCAUCUCGCGAUAAGACUCUUCGCAUCUGGGACCUGAAUAAACACGGUAAACAGAUCCAGGUGUUAUCAGGCCACCUACAGUGGGUAUACUGCUGCUCCAUCUCUCCGGACUGCAGCAUGCUGUGUUCUGCAGCAGGCGAGAAGUCUGUCUUUCUCUGGAGCAUGCGGUCCUACACAUUAAUUCGGAAGCUGGAGGGCCACCAAAGCAGUGUUGUCUCUUGUGACUUCUCCCCUGACUCGGCCUUGCUUGUCACUGCUUCUUACGAUACCAACGUGAUCAUGUGGGACCCCUACACCGGCGAGAGACUACGAUCACUCCGCCACACCCAGCUAGAGCCUCCCAUGGACGACAGUGACGUCCACAUCAGCUCACUGAGAUCUGUCUGCUUCUCUCCUGAAGGCUUGUACCUUGCCACAGUGGCGGAUGACAGACUCCUCAGGAUCUGGGCCCUGGAACUGAAAACUCCCAUUGCAUUUGCUCCCAUGACCAAUGGUCUUUGCUGCACCUUUUUUCCACAUGGUGGAGUGAUCGCCACAGGGACAAGAGAUGGCCACGUCCAGUUCUGGACAGCCCCUCGGGUCCUCUCAUCACUGAAGCACUUGUGCCGAAAAGCUCUCCGCAGUUUCCUGACAACUUACCAAGUCCUCGCACUGCCAAUACCCAAGAAAAUGAAAGAGUUCCUCACAUACAGGACUUUCUAAGCAAUGCUGCUCAGAGGCUUAACGUGCUCUUUCUCGCAGGCUAAGGCCUCCUGGCUGAAAGUAGCUGGAAUAGUGGGCCA